GUAGAUCCGCGCGCGCUCGGACGCUGGCCGAGUUCACUCAGAAUCUUGUGUCGUUUUUUUGUCAUAUCGCAGUGAAAACAAUUUUUAAUGUCGUGCUAAUAAAUCUCAUUACCCACGGAUUGAAACGUACUGUAUCGUACCGUCGAAAUUGAAGAUAUCAGCAAGAAAGGGAAAUGUGCACGGUUUACUGGAAGCUAUCGUUAUCCGACAAAGAAAUGAUAAACCGGAGCUAGCUUUAGUCACAAUGGUCUGUGACCAAAGAUAGCAGACUUUUAAUUUACUUUUUUCUUUUUACUCUUCCAAUUUUCUAUGUGAUAUAUAAAGCUUUAUCACGUAUUAGUGCCUCCAUACAUUCUAAAUAAAAUACAUUUUGUACAUUAACAGAGAAACAUAUCUCCAGACAAUAUAAUUCGAAGAAAAUAAAAUAACAAAAAUAAUUACGCAUUUAGAAAAUAGGCUAUAUUUAAUUAAAAAUCAUUACAACUGCCUUCGGAGUGUGCCAAAAUGUCUCUGAGCGCUUCAAAGAAUUCUAAGAAUGAAAACACUGAGAUAGAAGAUUCGAGAGAAGGCUCUGAAAGUCCCGCGCCACCACCAGACGGGGGAUGGGGAUGGAUGGUCGUCUUCGCCUCAUUCAUGAUCCACAUUGUCACCGAUGGGAUGACAUACUCUUUCGGCGUUUUUUAUACGGAGUUCCUGAUAUAUUUCCAAGAAGGUAGCUACAAGACUGCGUGGAUUGUCUCCAUCCUCGUUGGAGUCACCUUAAGUUCAGGUCCCAUUUCGAGUUCUUUUGUUAACCGCUGGGGAUGUCAACUAGUGACAGUGGCCGGUGCUAUUUUGUCUUCGGUAUGCGUCGUAGCCUCUGCCUUUGCCGGUAAUGUUCUCACGCUCAUCUUCACUAUCGGUGUCGGAGCUGGCUUUGGCUUUGGCCUCAUUUAUCUGCCAGCCAUCGUUAGUGUUACCGUCUGGUUCGAGCGCUAUAGAAGUUUGGCUACAGGUAUUGCCGUAUGUGGAUCAGGUCUUGGAACAUUCCUAUUUGCACCGAUAACGUCAGUAUUGAUCUCAAACUAUGGCUGGAGAGGAGCCAUGGUUAUAAUUGGCGGUUUAAUUCUUAAUUGCAUACCAUUGGGUCUAAUGUUUCGACCAGUACCAGAGAGACCUAGGACACCCGUUACAGAACCUAUGCUACAAAAGCAAAAUAAAUCACCAUUGAAAAAGUCUCAAAGUACGGAACAAAUCGUACGAGCCAACGGAAAAACUGAUAAUGGUGAUGUCGCCAGAUUGACACUAUCGCAGCCCGCUUUAAAUAAACAUCAUGAACCAAAACAGCCACACUCUCGGCACGGAAGCGGAAUAAUGAAUAGACCUGACGUUUUGUAUCAGGGAAGCAUGACGAGUCUUGCCAGAUUUAGGGCUCCUUCGCCCGAAAGAGUUAUUGCUCCGGCGGAAUCGAAGUCAAUCUUAUCAGAAAUGUUAGACUUUUCAUUGUUGGUGGAUCCUAUAUUUAUUUUAUUCGCAAUUUCUAACUUUUUGACCAGUAUUGGAUUCUAUAUACCGUAUGUGUACACGGUGCCGAUGAGUAAAAGCAUGGGCAUAGAGAACCCGGCGUUUCUGAUUUCAAUAAUUGGAGCUUCAAAUUUGAUCGGAAGAAUUAUUCUUGGUUUUAUCAGUGACAAGCCCUGGGUAAAUCGAUUGAUGGCUUACAAUUUGUCAUUAACUAUCGCUGGCAUUAGUACAGCAAUGGCUAUGAUUUGUUGGGAAUUUUGGGGUCUGGCGUUAUAUGCCACUGUAUUUGGAUUUACUAUUGGUGCAUAUGUAGGCCUCACUUCGGUGGUACUAGUCGAUCUACUGGGCCUUGAAAAACUCACAAAUGCUUUUGGGCUACUGCUGUUGUUUCAAGGAGUCGCUUCUUUAAUUGGACCUCCACUAGCAGGUCGGUUGUACGAUGCAACACAGUCCUAUGGUCCAGCAUUUUAUGUAGCAGGAGGAACCAUAUCGCUGAGCGGUUUGAUAUUAUUCUUCAUUCCAAUGAUAAAUAGGCGCCAAAGCAAUAAGCAAUGGGGUCAAGCGACUGCUUUGCAACAGAUAUAGCAGGAUGGACCGAGAGGGAUGAGACGCGAUAAUCCAGUUAUCGUUCUCAACAGUCCCUCUACGCCGUCCUCUACCGGCUCUACAGAGGAUACCUUCAUGCACAGGGUAUACGAGGCAGAGAUAACAGGGAAAAAUCAUACAUUUUAUGUGAACGAGAAUGAAAUUAUCAAAUAUGAAGACUUUACGAUGGAUGAAUGCGAUGAGUGCUGCGACGAAAAUCAUGAAAACCAUUCCAAAGAUUUCGGCAUUGCGUUUUUGUAAAUAAGUAGGAAUAUAGUAUUUAAAAGGUGCAAUAUAAAUUACUUUCUAAAAUAAUUGAUGAUGAUAUGAGAUAUAAAAUUAUGAGAUAUAGUUGUGACACAAAAGAUUUAGAAUCACAAAACAAAGAAAUAGUUUUAUAUAGUAAUGGGUUAACUAUGUGCUUUAUGUUGGGGAUUUUUGAAAAUACGAAGUUGGUAUAAUACCUAAUGAAUACCUCAAUUUAUAAUCUAUGUAAGCUAUAAUUGGGUUAGACUAAUGGAGAUUUAUUGCUGAUAUUCUGUGUAACGCUCCAUAAAACUUAGCCUUAUUGCGGACCAAUCGUGUCUAGAUGUGACUACAUCUUAGUUAAUAAAGCAUUGUUUGCUUUGUGAUCUUAGAAAAAUUGUGUAAUAUAUUAUUAUAAAUUUAAGAAAAACAAUUACUUUCUUCUCUUAAAUUUUUUACGUAUAUUUUCUCAGCAAAUAGCGAUAUCUUCCAUGUUGUGUUCAUGUAGGGAGAUAAUUGUUUCGUAGGACGGAUCUUUAUUUGCCACAGUAACAGUAUAAUAUCUAUCUUUAACAUAUUAUUGUAUACUAUUUGAACAAUCGACUGAAUUAGAUAAAACUAUGUAGGAACGAUUUUUAUGUCUGCAAUUACGCUGAUAUUCUUCGUACAAAUCUUGUCUUUUUAUUACAUUAUUGUUGGCAUUCUUGCGAUCGCAUGUGAUGCGAUUUCACUGAAAUUGAUGUUAAUAUAUAUAGUCACUAUACCUGUCUAUAUAAUUAUAAACAUAUUUAAAAUGA